AUGGAGGCGACAACAUUCCGAUCUAUUCCAGAGCGCCCAUCGACACCGGCGAUAACUGCUCCGCCGCCGCUUCCUCCACCAUCGACGCGGCGGCCUAGGGUGAGAGAAGUCAGCUCUAGAUUCAUGUCUCCCGUUUCUUCAUCUUCGUCGUCUUCAUCUUCCUCCUCCGCCGGAGAUCUCCAUCUGUUGACUUCAAAUUCGCCGAGGCACCAUCAUCCCCAGAAUCAGCGCCCGAUUUCUGCUCAGAAGUCUAGACGGCAGUUGAAAAUGGCAGACGGCGACGAGAACCGCCCUUCCGAGACGGCGCGGAGCCUAGACUCGCCUUUCCCUCUUCAACAACAACACGGCGGAAAAAGCCCAAAGCGGCGGGAGAAUCAAUCGAAGCCGCUGAAAGAGAACGGUCACCGUCUCGACACCCCGACGCCGAUGCUGCCUCCGCCGUCUAAAUCGCGACUUAACCAGCAGCGAUUGCUCACCUCCUCCGCCGCGACUAGGCUUCUCCGAUUAUCCGUCUCCACAGACGGCGAAGGAGAGAAAUUCAACAGCUCGGAUCUGAGGAGCCACGCAAAAAUAUUCAGCAACACUCCCGCCGCUUCUCCUCUCCGUCGAUCUCUUAGCGACGAUUCGUCGUCGUUAAGAGCUUCAAUGUCGCUUAAAAAUGGAGUUGGUGUGUCUUUGCCUCCGGUGGCUCCUAAUUCGAAGAAUCAAGCCGAUACAAAGAAGCAGAGGAAAGUCUUGGGGCAACAAGCGGAUGCUCACUCUCUGAAACUGCUCCACAACCGCUACUUACAAUGGAGAUUUGCCAACGCAAACGCUGAGGUCAAAACACAGUCUCAGAAAGCUCAAGCCGAGAGGAUGUUUUAUUCACUUGGCUUAAAAAUGUCAGAGCUCUCAGACUCUGUACAGAAGAAACGCACAGAGUUACAAAGAUUAUUGAGAGUAAAAGCUGUUAAGGAGAUUGCGGAGUCUCAAAUUCCUUGUUUGGAACAAUGGAAUGCCAUUGAAGAAGAGUACUCAACUUCUCUAUCCGAAACAACUGAUGCUCUAGUGAAUGCUUCUUUGCGGCUCCCUCUCGAUGUUGAUAUUAAGGUUGAGACUAGAGAGUUAGCAGAAGCACUUGCUGUCGCUUCAAAGUCUAUGGAAGGCAUUGUGCAAAACAUUGGACAUUUUUUGCCUAAGACACAAGAGAUGGAGACUUUGAUGUCGGAGCUAGCGAGAGUAAGCAGCAGAGAAAAAGCAUCAGUUGAAGAUUGUGGAAUCGCACUGCUCAAAACACACUCAUUACAUAUUGAAGAAUGCUAUCUUAGAAGUCAGCUUAUUCAGCACCACAAGAAGUGUGAACUGCAGGAGAGCACAACUUCAGUUUGA